AUGUCAUCCGAUCGUGAUCUCUUUUUGGCUUACGGAGCUUUGAUGAGCGGUGCAAUUUUGCCAAUCUAUCAUGGCUCAUUCGCAUCUUUACGCACACCUUUGUCCACUCAAAAAGCAUUGAAAAAGUCACGCAAAGGUGAAGAUGAUGAAGAUGAUGAUGAAAGUGUCACCCUUCCCGAAACAUUAACAGCUGAAGAUGCAUAUUGGCUUCCAGUAAUCGGUUCAGUGGUCUUGUUCAGCAUGUUUUUGGUAUUCAAAUAUUUGGAUAAAGUUUGGGUUGAUCGUGUAUUGGGAUUCUACUUUGGUUUCGUUGGUACAUUUGCAGUUACAAAAGUAUUCUUACUUAUUGCCAGAGGAACAGGUCUUUUACGACAAUUCACUGCUUCUCGUUUCCUCUUAACUCAAACCAAACCUGACGCAAAAACAAAGAAAUCGCAAACUGUCGAUAUUCUCGCCCUUCGCGUAACAGCUCUUCAUCCUCCUAUCGUAUUGGCUUCGUCCGGAUUGGUUGUUGCAUACUUGCUCACUCGUCAUUGGAUUGCAAGCAAUGUGAUCGCUCUUUCACUUUCGCUAUCCUCCAUCUCGAUGCUUUCACUCGACUCUUUCCAAACAGGAGGAAUCAUGCUUAUGGGUUUAUUCUUGUACGACAUCUUUUGGGUUUUCGGCACAAACGUGAUGGUAUCCGUCGCUCGUGGAUUUGAUGGACCAAUCAAGAUCGUUUGGCCAAAGAACUUGUUCGCUGGCUUGAUUGACAGUAACACAAAAUGGCAAAUGACAAUGUUGGGUUUGGGUGAUAUUGUGAUUCCGGGAAUCUUUGUUGCACUCGCUCUACGAUUCGAUCAACAUCUGUACGUCAAAAAGCAUCCUAAAAGCUUGAUCACCAAGAAUGAUACCGGUUUCCCCAAACCUUACUUCCAUGCAACUAUGAUUGGUUAUGUUGCUGGCUUGGCUACUACAAUGGGCGUUAUGCAUUUCACCAAAGCUGCUCAACCUGCUUUGCUUUACCUUUCACCUGCUUGCAUUUUGUCGGUCGCCUUGCGUGCUUUGCAAAGAGGUGAAUUACAACAAGUUUGGUCGUGGAAAGAGGAAACAGAAGAUGAAGAUGAAAAGAAGAAAUCUGCUGCUAACAAGAAGAAAGCCAUCAAAGAUCAAGCUGAAGACGGAGAAGAAGAACAAGAAUGGGAAGGUGUAGAUGGAGAAGGUACUGUUUCGGGAUCGGAAAUUUCAAACAAGAAAGGAUCCACUCGUCGUCGUGGAAAGAAAUCUUCAGCUGAAUAG